GAGUUAUCAAAAUUUUCCACUUUUAUCUCUUUUCUCUCUCUGUCUCACUCUUUUUCCGAAGCGACGCAUCAUUUAGCAAGAAAAUAGAAAAAGAAAUAAAUCUGACUCAUAAAUUGCUUCUCUCUCUCUCUCUCUCCUGCAGAGAAAAACACUAUUAACAGCUAACAUGGAUGGAUGCACACAGUCACACAGUCACUCAAUUCCGAUACGCAUCGCUAUAGUACUACUCUUCCUACUAUAAAUACUCUUAUUAAAAAAAAAAAAUUCAUUUCAGAAUUUCUUUAAUACUAUUUGGUCUCCUCUCUUUCUGUGUUGUUGUUAGUAGUGAAUCUCAAUCAAUCAACGCGUGGCUCUUCCGAAGCCUCCGAUCUUUACUCUGAAACAAAGGGGGCACGGAGAAAGAGAAGAGAAGAGAGAGAGAGAGUGUGUGUGUGUGUGUGAGUGUGUGUGAUUAUUCUCACAGAGGGAGAAGAACGCCCAAUUUACGUAAAAAGGAGGGAAGAAAAAAUUAGAAAAGCAAAAAAGAUGGAUGGUGGUUCAAGAUUUACAAAACCCUAAUCUAUCAAAGUCUUAUCCAUUUCAUUUCCCCCCCUCUUCCUUGGACCUUCUUCGUCGUCGUCCUCCUCGUCUCCCUGUUCAGUUGGACAUUGAAGCGAGAAGAGCCUUUUGCACUGUGCUUGUUACGAAGUUUUACCUGGCCAUGGUUGGUAAUUUAUGCUUCUUGGAGAUUUAAAUUCAAGGCUGGUUUUCAAGGAUAUUCAUGGUGUAAACAUGUUGCUGGAAGAGUGUUAUGAUGAGAGAAUAUCUUAAUUUGGGCAUUGAGGUGGUUUUUAAGUGAGCUCUUCUAGCUUCAGAGGAGUUUUAUUUGUAGGUGACCACUGGUUUGUACUGUUCAUAAUUUUUGCCAGUUGGUCUGGUUGCAGUUCUGUCGGAUCUAUAGAUUUUUCCUUGAUUCACAUUUUGUGCAAAGAUAAAGGACGGAUAUGAUGCUCAAAUUUCUGAUGAUCUAUAAUUAAGUGGCUGCGGUUAUCAGACACGUUUCUUGUUUAGUUGAUCAGACAACUGGGAUUCAUCUUGCCAAGAAUUGCAUUUCUGAUCCCUAGUUCAAUACCCUUUUCUCCUUCUCCACCAAUGUGUUUCUGCAGUUAAGAAUUGGGACAUUAGGAUUUGGGAGCUCUGUUUAUUUUGUUUGAAUCACUAUCAUGGAGGCCGAGGCAUUGUCUGAAAACCGCCGGCCAAACACUGGUCAGCAUCUGUUUCCAGCUGUUGUCCCAGUACUUUUUGUUGCAAUGGGCUAUGUUGAUCCUGGGAAGUGGGCUGCAGUCGUUGACGGUGGUGCCCGCUUUGGUUUUGAUCUGGUGUUGCCAGUUUUUAUCUUCUGUUUAGCUGCCAUUCUGUGCCAGUACCUAUCAGCACGCGUAGCUGUAGUUACUGGUAGAGAUCUUGCGCAGAUUUGCAGUGAGGAAUAUGACAAGAUAACUUGCAUUCUUUUAGGAGUUCAAGCUGAGGUUUCAAUGAUUUCCUUGGACCUGAUGAUGGUUUUGGGAACAGCUCAUGGGCUCAAUGUUCUAUUUGGGAUUGACCUUUUCGCUGGUGUCUUUCUGUCAGCAUUUAAUGCCUUCCUGUUUCCCCUUCUGGCAACAGUCAUUGAGGAUAGCAAAGCCAAGUUUGUGUCUGUUUCCUUCUCAAUAGGUAUUUUACUUUUCUAUGUUCUCGGAGUAUUCAUAAGUCAACCAGGAAAUACACUCUCUGCGGGAUGGACCGCGACUAGAUUAAGUGGUGAAACUGCCUUUGCUUUGAUGAGUCUCCUGGGAGCAAACAUUAUGCCUCACAAUUUUUACCUGCAUUCAGCUGUUGUCCAGCAGGAUCAGAGGGCAGCAGGUGCUCCCAAGGAAGCUUUGUGUCAUGGCCAUCUUUUCGCCACAGUAUGCGUGUUCAGUGGCAUUUUUCUGGUGAAUUAUGUGCUUAUGAGCUCAGCAGCUAAUGUGUUCUACAAUUCUGGCCUUGCUUUACUUACAUUUCAGGAUGCACUAUCCUUGAUGGAUCAGGUAUUCAAGAGUUCGAUUGCCCCACUGUCUUUAAUACUGCUUAUGUUCCUUUCUAGUCAAGUGACAGCAUUGACCUGGAACCUUGCUGGACAAGUAGUUGUGCAUGAUUUGUUUAAAGUGGAUAUUCCUGGAUGGCUUCAUCAUUUCACCAUCAGAAUCAUUGCAAUCAUUCCAGCACUUUACUGCGUGUGGAGUUCAGGAGCUGAGGGAAUCUACCAGAUGCUGAUAUUCUCACAGGUGGUAGUGGCUCUCAUGCUUCCAUCUUCGGUUAUUCCUCUCUUCCGAGUAGCCUCCUCAAGGCCAAUAAUGGGUGUGUAUAAAGUCUCUCAGUUCAUAGAAUUUUUAGCUCUGAUCACCUCUAUUGGCAUGCUGUUGCUUAAGAUUAUGUUUUUCAUUGAACUGGUAUUUGGUAGUAGUGAUUGGGUGAGCAAUUUGAGGUGGAACAUUGGAAGUGGUGUGCCUAUAGCUUAUGUAAUUUUGAUUGUUGCUGCUUCUGUCUCCUUCUUUUUGAUGCUUUGGUUGUUAGCCACUCCUUUAAAAUCUGCUACUGCCAGAAUGGAUUCACAGAUAAUGGAUUGGGAUAUCCAUAGUCCUUUGCCCAAUUCACUGAUGGAGGUAGAGCAGAAUGGGCCGUGUGCUUCUGAAUAUCUGUUAGCAAAACCUACAAAUGAGAAAGAUCUGCCAGUCACUUUUGAGAAUUCCCUUGGGAGCCAUCCAGAUUUAUUCACCUCAAGUCCUAAUCUUAACUUGCCUGAUACGCUUUUUGAUUCUGAGAAUGCUAUUCAUCCAAGAAGUGCUGAGGAUAACAAAUCAGAUAUUAUAUUGUCAACUGCCACACGCGCCCAAGAACCACCCGUUGUUGAGGCUGAUAUAAGUUUGGUGAAAUCUAGCCAUUUUGAAGUUUCUGAUUGUGAAAAGAAGAAUGUUAGUCCGUUGGAAACCGAAACAAGAGAACCAGAAGAAAAGACACUGAGAAUUGAGGGAGAAAUUGAAAGUGUGAAGGAUGAUGGAGAUUCUUGGGAGUCUGAAGAACCUAUCCGAGAAGUUUCUGAACCUAACCAGUCCUUGUCAUCUGAGGGUCCUGGAUCAUUUAGAAGUUUGAGUGGGAAAAGUGACGAUGUUGGUAGUGGUACGGGGAGCCUCUCAAGGUUAGCAGGGCUAGGUCGUGCAGCUAGGCGCCAGUUCGCAGCUAUUCUUGAUGAAUUCUGGGGGCAGAUGUUUGAUUUCCAUGGACAAGCCACUCAAGAUGCAAAGGCUAAGAAGGUGGAUGUUUUACUGGGUUUAGAAGUCAAAAUGGAUUCAAAGACGACUUCACCAUCAGCUAAGAUUGACAGCAGCAGCCCCAGGCAAGAUCUUACUGGAUAUUAUCCAUCUCUCAGCAUGCAGGGAUCUGAUUCAUUAUUAAGUUCAGGUUUAUACAGUUCGCCAAGACAACAGAUUGGACAAGGCAUGAUCGAGUCUUCUUUUGGGGUCCAGAGGGGUUCAUCUCCUUUGUUGUCAUCUCACGCUCAACUCUUGGAUGCAUAUGUUCGAAGUUCCAGUCGCAAUACUUUUGACGCUGGAGAGAGACGGUAUUCUAGCAUGCAUAUUCCUGCAUCUUCAGAAUGUUAUGACCAACAGCCAGCUACUGUACAAGGCUAUGAGCUUGCCUCAUAUUUUAAUCGGGUAUCGAAAGAUAGAAGUUCUGGCUUCUCAAGUGUUCAAAAUGAGUUACCUCCACCAAAAUCUCUAUCCUCAGUUUCUUCACAUUUUAGAGAUUCAGCAUCUCGUCCUUUAGUCAAAAAAGCCCAGAAUGGAAUGAGUAUUUUGACUCCUCCUGGUUUUCACAAUGUAUCCAGGAAUAAUUCAUUACAAUCAGAACGAUCAAGUUAUGGUGUUUCGUCUCCAAAACCUACUGAAAACUUUAAUAAUUCUGCUACUGAAAAAAAGUUUUACAGUAUGCCUGACAUUUCUGGUCUGCGGAUCCCCUAUCGAGAUUCUGGAUUGCCGGAUAAAAGUGUGAAGUGGGACAGUUCUGUGAAAUAUGGGCAGUCAAUUGGAUAUUCUGCCUUAGAUAGGAACUCUCUUACUCCCAUGUCAAGGCCAGAAGUUCCUCCGGGAUUUGGUGCACCUUCAUCAAAGGUGCGUAGAGAUGCUUUCUCAUUGCAAAUGAGUUCAGGUUCAAGCACUGGUUCCCUCUGGUCCCGCCAGCCUUAUGAGCAGUUUGGUGUUGCUGAUAAAACCAAUGCUGACGGUGAACAGAAAGAAGUUCCAUAUGCACACGAAACUCCAUCAGCAGUUGAUUUGGAAAUAAAGAUUCUUCAGUCAUUCAGAAAUUGCAUUAUGAAACUUCUGAAGCUUGAGGGAUCUGAUUGGUUGUUUACUCAGAAUGACGGGGUUGAUGAAGAUCUUAUUGAUCGUGUAGCUGCGAGAGAAAAGUUCCUAUACGAAGCUGAAACUGUGCAGAUGAACUGGCGAAAUAAUGCUGGUGAAGCUCAUUUUUCUUCCGAGAGGAAGUCUGGUUCUGCAGUGAUUAGUGAUGAGUCUGAUCCUACAAAGUUGAUGGUGACAUCAGUUCCUCAUUGUGGAGAGGGUUGUGUUUACAAAGUAGAUCUUAUUAUAAGCUUCGGUGUUUGGUGCAUCCAUAGGAUACUUGUGCUUUCACUUAUGGAAAGCAGGCCAGAGCUUUGGGGCAAAUACACCUAUGUACUUAAUCGUCUCCAGGGGAUCAUUGAUUUGGCAUUUUUCAGACCUCGUAACCCAUCAACUCCUUGUUUUUGCCUUCAACUAACAUCUGGGUGGCAGCAGAAAAUGAGUCCACCUAUUUCAAAUGGAAGCUUGCCCCCACAAUCCAAACAGAGCAAGGGGAAGUGUACAACUGCCACAUCACUUUUGGAGAUAGUGAAAGAUGUUGAAACUGCCAUUUCUUGCCGGAAGGGCCGAACAGGAACUGCCGCGGGUGAUGUUGCUUUUCCUAAAGGGAAAGAGAAUUUGGCAUCUGUCCUUAAGCGAUACAAACGCCGGUUAUCAAAUAAGCCAAUAGGAUCUCAGGAUGGUGGCUCAGGAUCACGCAAGGGUUCAUCUCUACACCAUGGCUUAUAACCGAUGUUUCCUGUUCAUAGCAGCUUGCUGUCUAAUUGCUGGGUUGCUUAAAACUAAAUAGCACAGGUGUGCUGUUGCUGUGAACGCUUUUUUGGUGACCCCCUCACUUCCCUGAGGUUGGCAUUACAUCUUUGAUGCGGUGUGACAAUUGUCGUGCGAGUCAGGUAUACAUAGGGUAAAAUGCAUUAGAAGUGUAUUUUACUGCAAUGAAGGAAAGGACAGAGAAGAAGGUGGGAGGUGAAUGGAGUACGAAUGCAAGUCCGACUUAAUCAACUUGGAACAAUAAGAUCACUUUCUAUUGUAAUUGUAGUUUGAAUCUGCGGAUGGAUGGGUGGGGGUUGUCUGGAAGUUUGUGUUCUUUCUUCUAUCCCCUUGGAGCAGGAAGUGAGUCGGCUGUGGUACUUGUUGGUACUGAGCAGGAAUUGUAAAUAUUUUUGAAGUUCAAACCUCUUUGAAACACAUUUCAGAAGUAGUUUUACCAUAGUUUUCACUUAGGAAAAGGUGUCAGUAGAGGAUGCUUAUACACAUGGCUUCUUAAUUUCCUGGUUGCACCCGGGCUUAUUAUGCGUUAGAGGUGCGUUGUAUACGGUAUGAUCUGGUUCUCUCUUGUAUAAUGUUAUGGGUGCGACGUGGAUUUUCAUUAUUAUUAGUCCAGCCUCAGUUCAUUUCCCCCUUAAAGUUUUUUUUUUUUUCAUAGGAAGGAAGCUGUUAGCUUAAAUACCCUUAAUUCAUAUCCCCCUUAAUCUAACAACUUUGCAAUCACCCUGCACCUUCAGGCCCGACCCAGCCCAGAAAGAACAAAGAAUGGGCUAUUUCUAGCUUUCGAUGAGAUUUACUUGUUGAUGAAUCUUUUUUUUCCUUUUCUCAGGGAUGGAGAGUUUUUUUUUUUGGAAAUGGUAG